AGAAUAAAAUCACGCCCACGGGCCAGCUCCUCUCUUCCUCCACAGUCCUCAGGGCGACACGGCCUCAGCCCGUCGUCUCAAAUUGGGGAUCUGAUUCGCGCGAACCUAGGAUUUCUCCGCCGCCGCCGCCAUGUACAACGGUAUCGGGCUGCAGACCCCGCGGGGGUCCGGCACGAGCGGGCACGUCCAGGCGAGCAAGUUCCUUGUCAAGCACCGGCCCUCCUCCUCCUCCGCGGCCGGCGGAAGCGGACCCCCUGGUCCCGGAGACGCCGCCGGCGGGUUGCGGAAGCCGAGCAAGGACAUCCUCGAGCACGACCGGAAGCGGCAGGUGGAGCUGCGGCUGCUCGUGCUGAGGGAUGCGCUCGAGGAGCAGGGCUACACGGAGGGCGAGAUCGAGGAGCGCGUCGUGGAGGUGCGCAAGGCCUCCGAGAUUGAGGCGGCGGCUGCGGCGGCGGAGGAGGAAGGCCGACCACCUCUCCAGGGCAAAGGGUUCACAGACAGGCAGAGCCACCAUGCCGCGGCACGGAAGGAGAAGCAGCUUGAGAGUCUGAGGGCUGCUCUUGGGCCAGACGAUGAGGAUGCCCACAAGAUGGGUGCAGAAAGUGUUAUGGAGCCUGGAGAGCUUGUUCCUGGGAAGUGUUCUGAUGAAGAGUUGGAUACUGAUGGGCAUAAAGACAGCAAGACUUUAAAGGGUUUAUAGGAUGGAGGAAAACAUGCAAAGAAGGCAAGACGGAAGCAGGGAAUGAUGGACAGGAUUGUGACAAAAGUUUUGCGAAGAGUAAGCACGGGUAUGAUUCAGAUACACAACAUGAUCUUGACACCAAGAACAAGAAGAUGCAGAAGAGUUUCUUAGUGUACUUACAUGAGACCUUAAGGCUAGAAGACACCUAAAGUAGACUAAUUUAAUAAAUGUCAGUAGUAUGCAAUUGUUUUGAUUUAGCCGAGAAGAAAGCCCCAUGGCUUGUAUUUUUGUGAGGAGUGAGGUUCAAUAUGGUAAACUGAGAAGCGAGAGGCACAAUAGGCCAGUAGGGAGAACAUACUCACAGUGGUAAGGACCUUAUGGGGGAGAGAGAAAAAGAAAACGCAGAGUAGCGCUUUACCAAUUGCAAGCAUACGAGUAGCAUUUCCCAGAAUGGCGCUAUAAAUUAUGACUGGCACUGUAUCAGUACCGAUGGUGUUGAAGUUAAAAAGGAUACCUCUGGUUUGUUGUA